AUGUCUACAGAUGAGGAACUCGACCGCAACUGGCAGCCCAACGGCCGUCGUCCCCAGUCCACAAUGGCUCGCACCUUUUCCCAGGAGCUCAUGGACAUCUUCCGUAUCGAAAACUCCCUCACCGACCUCGACUCUCAGGUCGACCAGAGGAAACAGCAUGUAACCAAAUCCAACGAUGAGCUCGCCUCCCUCGAGGCCCGCCUCAAGGAGAUGGAGUCCCGUCUCAAGAAGAGCCAGCAGCGCAUGUCCAUGUCCCAGGUCUCCCUGGGCAGUCCCAAGCCCUUCUCCGUACCUGCCGCUGCCUCUUCUUCCCAGCAGCAGCAGCAGCUCGAUGCGCCCGUCAACAAGGACGACUCCAAGUCCCGAUCUCGCCCUGGAACCGCCCGUGCUACCCAGCAGGCCCCCAGUGCCGGCGACAUGCCCCCCACCCCCGGUGGUAGCGAAGAUGGUGACCACGAAUGA